AUUUAACUAUAUGACAUAUAUGAAUAUGAAACAUUUGCAUGUAUUUCAUUAAGAAGUCAUGAUUUCUUUAAAUAAGGAAGAGUACGAUUUACAUUUGAUGAAUUAUAUUAAUAAGAGUACAGAACUACAGAUUAUUAGACACAUUUUAACUACAAAAAUUAACGUCCUUCAACUGAAAAAAGAAAUACUCAAAGAAAAAUAUAAAGACUUGGAUAAUAUAAAUUACAAAGUAUGGAUUACAGAAGAUGAAUUUUGUAAUGAAAUUUGGAAUUUUUCCUUGAGACAUAAUUUUAAUUCUUUUUUCAAUCCAAAAGUAAAUAUUACAAAAGUAAAUGAACGUCACGAAUGUAAAUAUAAUACUGUAACUGAUAAAAAUUCAACUAAAAUCGAUAUAUGUGAUGAAAUAUUGAAAUUAAAAGACGAAAUUAAUAUUAUCAAUAACGAGAUAAUGCUUAUUUGUAACAAAAAUACAGAAACCGAGUUAAGACACUGCAAAUCUACUUUGGAUAAUUUAAAAUCAUUUUCGGAAGAAAUAGCGGAACUCUUAAAAUUAAUAACUACAUCAGAAAAUCUUCUCAAUACACGUAAUACUAUGACAAAUCGGAAAUUAAAUACGAAUGUGAUCGAAGGAUUUACGAGUGCAAAAAAAUUGUUCAAAAAAUUUAAUUUUCGUGAUAAUAUUUUAAUUGAAAAUAAACUGCCUUCUUCAUCUAAAAUUAUUGAGAAACCUAAAGAGCAUUAUAACACCAAACAUAUAAAAUUUGGCAGAUUUAUUAUGAAAAAACAAAGUCUUAUAUCCCUUAAAUUUGAAAAAAAAUGUAAGGAAUUCGGAAUAAGAGAAUUGAAUUAA